AUGUUCCGGGGACGUGGCACGGGGCAUGGGACGGCAUCUGUGCACGCACUGGACUCUGUCCGCAUCCUGGUGGUGGGCGACUCUGGGGUGGGCAAGACGUCGCUGGUGGCGAGCCUGACGGGCGCCGGCGAGAGCCGACCGAGCUGGACCAUCGGAGCCAACGUCGAGGUGGUGGGCCAUACCCACUCCACCUCGGGCAAGCAGUACUUUAUCGAACUGAUCGAUGUCGGCGGCGCCGCAAAGUACGCAGACGCUCGAUCUGUCUUCUACGCCAACGCAGACGGCGUCAUGCUCGUCCACGAUCUGGCAAACGCCAACUCCUUUGCCAACCUCUUCAAUUGGCUCUCAGAGAUUGCCUUUGCCGCUCAUCGCGCUGACAUUGGUCAUGAGCCUGACGAUGACUCUGCUGGCGCGUCAUCUGCCGCUGCUGCUGCCGAUGAUGAGGCUGCAGGACUCAACAUCGACAACAACGGGCGCGUCAUCGUCCCGCCCUUUGACAUGGAGCUGUACUCGGGCUCGCCCAUCGCCUCGUGCCCGCUGCUGCUGGUCGCCAACAAGACUGAUGCUGUCGACGCGGCAAAGGCCGGCGCUGCUUCGCGCAAGCGCUCGAGCUCCGGCAGCUCGUCAUCGGGCCUGACCUCGGCUGCCGGCUUUGAGCGCUUCUUCUCGCUCCUCAACUCGUCGAGUGUCGCCACCUGCGCCAUCGAUCCCGACUCGCUCGACGGCGAGGCCUUUGCCUCGUUCUUUGACCGCGUCAUCGAGACCCGGCUGGCGGUCCGCGGCGGCUUUGCCGGCUCGUCGCCAGCCCGCCGCGGCUCCAUCGGCCUCCGCUCCGCCACCUCGGUCCUCUACUCCAAGCGAUGA